GACAGAAGAGACACACGAGUCACAUCAUACAAGUCUGACACUUAGAGAAAGGACCAGGAACCGCUGCGAAUUCAAACCCUGAAGAAGAGACCAGAGGAGCUGACAAGGUGUUACAAAGAAAAAGGGAUUCUGACAUGCACUGGCAGAAAUCACCGAAGGAGAAGCCGUGUUACACUCUUCCCACAGUGAAGAAACUCCUGGAGCAGAAGAGGAAGAGGGAAACCUCCUCGACGGCAACAACCAGUACCGGUGUCUCCACUGCCACUGUCCUCUCCCAACAGGUGUCUACACCAGAGAAGUCUACCUCAACAGGUGUAGCCAGCAGCUACUCAGACAUGGCAGUGGGGUAUGAGAGAUGGGGUCCUAUGGAUGAGCACCAAGCCCUCUCGGCCAUACAUGAAGGUCCAUUCUCCCCUAUGGGGAACAAUUACUUCUCCAGCCCAUCCUCCUCAAUGGACUACAGCCAAACUCCGGCCUACAGCACUCAGAUGGCCUCCAGCUACAGCACACAGCAGAUUCAGGACUACCCAGACACCAGGAUGCCCCAAUGUUAUACGGAGUGUCCAGUGACCGAGGCUGUGUCUAGUUUGGUUCCUUCUGGGCCCCUGCAGUCUGCUGUCUUCUCCUGGUCGUCGGGGGCCCUGGGCCCCACAGAGCUUGUCCAGCAGGUGUUUAGUGGCCAGAUGGAUGUCAUUAAGCUGGAGGAAGCCAGGAUGUUCCUCAGAGGGAUGGACUACAGCAGAACCACCUGGCAGGAUGACGACGGAGACACGAUUCUGCACAUCUAUACAGCCAAGGGCCUGAGGGAGUAUGCAUUCGCUGCAGCAGAGAGGCUUGCUGAGCUGGGCAAGCUAGACUCCAAGGAACACAAGGGGAAGUCUGCUUUGCUGGUGGCGGUGACUGCUAACCAUCCGGAAAUCGUCCAGGAUCUGUUGUCUUUAGGAGCGGAUAUAAAUGCCUGUGAUGUCAAAGGUCAAACAGCACUUCAUCUUGCUGCCACCUAUGGCUUCCCCAGGGUUAUGCAGGUUAUUCUCUCAAUUGGGCCUGGAGUGAACCUGGAGGCUCGCAAUUUUGAAGGUCUGACUCCUCUGCACUGUGCAGCCAUCUCCCACAGUGACACCAUGAAGACUCUCUCCUCCCUCUCCUCCACCGGGCUGGGUGAUGCCAGCCUCCAUGCCCUGGCAGAGGAGAAGCUCUCCUGGCUGCAGAUGCUGCUCAACACUGGAGCCUCCCUGACCAGCCAGGAAAUCAAAAGUAACAAGACUGUUCUUCACCUGGCUGUGAAGGAGGGGAACAUCCAGCUGGUUCGCCAUCUGCUGAAGACCCCCCUAGACAACAUGAGGGACUUUGUCAACAUGAAGGCCCAUGGUCAUACUGCGCUGCACAUGGCUGCUGGUCUCCAUGGCAGCCCACACCAAGAGGAGAUGAUGAGGCUGCUGCUGGGCCGAGGGGCCGACCCCAGCAUCCGCAACCUGGAGAAUGACCAGCCUGCACACCUGCUGCAGAGUGGACCCCACGGGGAACAGCUCAAGCUCAUCCUGAAGAAGCGAAGUGCUUCCUCUCGUCGACGUGUAAUGUCCUUACAGGACCAAGAGUGACCCGGACUAGUUUUUAUGUCCCUGUGUAUCCCUCCACCUCUUUUCAGAGGAAGUACUGAAGGUCUGAACUGUAGGUUGAAUCCAGACAUCUGUACUUCCAAGAGGGAGGGAUUCCAGCGUAUCUUCAUGUGAGGAUUUUCAAACACGGCAAAUCUCUAAUAUAUACUAAGGCAUUCACUUUGAAACAAUACAUUUGAUUGACAUGAUUUUGGUCACUAUCUGAAUUCAGUUCUGAAUUUAAUAAUGGCUAGCUAGUAAUGAGCAAUGGUAACAGGUGGUAUUCCAGUCCCCCCUGAUAUUACUGUCACUCAGUACAACCUUGAUUUCUAUGAAAUCGUUUACAUUAUAUUCAAAGCUGCACAGACUCAUUGUGUGAGUACCCCCCCAGCCGGGAAGCCCUCUUUAGAGGUAUAUCUGAGGAGGGUUUCUGGGCUCCCACCCCCACUCAUUCUCUUGUCAAAACUUCCCACCAUGGUCAGAAAUCAUAUUGGUUUGUUGAAAGGUGUUUGUUGUUUCACUAAGCAUGUGACACAGUGUACCAUUGUGCUCAUGCUUUCAAUGUCUUUUAUAACUUAACUAGGUCUUUUCUUUUUAUAUUUGAUAUACUCACAGCACUCAUUGAAUAGCUAAUAUAUUGUCAGUGGUGGAAAAAGUACUCAAAAAUCAUACUUGAAUAAAAGUAAAAAUACCUUAAUAGAAAAUGACUCAAGUAAAAGUGAAAGUCACCCAGUAAAAAAAUACUUGAGUAAAAGUAAAUAUACUUAAGUAUCAAAAGUCAAUUGAAUUGCUAACAUUUUUAUUUAUUUAUUUAAAAAAAAUGUUUUUACGGAUAGCCAGGGGCACACUACAGCACUCUGACAGUAAUUGACAACAAAGCAUUUGUGUUUAGUGAGUCCGCCAGAUCAGAGGCAGUAGGGAUGACCAGGGAUGUUCUCUUGAUAAGUGCGUGAAUUGGACCAUUUCCCUGUCAAAAUGUAACGAGUUUGUUUGGUUGUCAGAAAAAAAGUAUGGAGUAAAAAGUACAUUUUUUUCUUUAGGAAUAUAGUGAAGUAGUCAAAAAUAUAAAUAGUAAAGUACAGAUACCCCCAAAAAACGACUUAAGCAGUACUUAAAAGUAUUUUUACUUAAUUACUUUACACCACUGUAUAUUGUCUCAUUCAUACUAUAACUUGUGGAAAGAACAUUUUAUAUUUAAAGGGAAUAUGUUGAUAUAUGACUCAUGAUUGAAAAUACCACAACAUGUUUUGUGGUGACAAGAAAACAUCCAUCACUUAUUCCUUUUAUGACAGUUUUUUUUUCUUCUUUUUAAUCUCCAAUGAGGUAGCAUGCAUGUGCCCUUUGAAAUAUUGUCAUAGUGAAUAUAACACUUUCAAUACUGCCAGUGGCAUAAAAAAUGUAAUAAAAAUAAAUAUCUCAUUGGAGAUAUGACACAAGAUUUCCCCAAACUUAUAGAAUAAAUUAUUUUCAAAUGUGAUUUCCCCUAGUUUUUUCCACCUGGGCAGUCUUAGUCUAGGAACAUACAGAGAUGUUCUUUGUAUGUUCCUAGGUCUAAAUCAUAGGUGAGUUAACAUUAGUUAUCCUCCCUCAUGUUAUCAUUUAAAAAUGGUACUAGAGAAUCUGUUGAUUUUGGCUGCUUGGUUCCAUUUGGCUCAAAGUUUCUGGACUAUAUACUACUUAGACCGUUGUAAUACUUGUAAUACGUGUAAUACUGCUGUUACUUUUCACUGAAUGUAUCCUUCUGAUUUACUGAAUUGCCUGAUUUACUGAACUUAACGCUGGCAUUAAAUCUGUUCUUCAAAUAUC